UUUCGGCAGUCCCGUCUAGAUUCAGUCCUCUGCUGCCUUCAACAUACACUCAUUGUACACAAACGGGCAGGCAAGCUCGCAGCAUCGAUCGUGGCUCCUUUAAGAAAAACUAAGCCAGAAUUAUCACCCCACCUCCUCUUGAUCUCAUUUAGAGGCUAUUGCAUACAAAAUCAACUCAGGAGCUGAGAGUGAUCAAAGAAACGCGAGAGAUUCAUUUUUGUGUGCAUUUGUGUAUUAACAUUAGGUGUGCUAACCAGUCGAAGCGCGCGGAGGAUCAUCAUUCAUUCAGUACUUUGACAAGCUCGCUUUUGAUUGACAACCGGAGUGGCAGAAAGCCAUGAGACUCUCUAGUUUUGUCUGAGGGCUAUUUUCUUACUGAUUUGGAGAAGAUUUGUGCGCUCCCCGUCGCUGUCCUGGGGAAAGCAGAGGACGUGUUUGCUUGGCUUUGGCUGAACUUGAGCUGAAGGACUUGGCUUCACCUCUUCCUUGAAAAGACAUACGGAUUUUUUGUCAAAAAGCCUCGCGUUUGGAAUUUGCGUGUUUAUUUCUUCUUCACCCUGGCCUCAUAGGGGAUAUAUUUGAAGUGAAAGGAAGACGAGGGAGAGAGGAGGGCGAUGGCGCAGAGGUACGAAGAUUUACCCCAUUAUGGGAUGGACGGAGUAGGAUUGUCAACCGCGAUGUAUCAGGAUCACCACGGCGCCAGAGCCAUGCCGGCUGUCCACCUGAACCAUGGGCCCCAGCUCCACUCGCACCAGUACCCGCACACGGCGCACACCAACACCAUGCCACCCAGUAUGGGCUCCUCAGUCAACGAUGCUCUUAAAAGAGAUAAAGACUCCAUUUACGGGCACCCCCUGUUCCCUCUCCUAGCACUGAUUUUUGAGAAAUGUGAAUUAGCAACUUGCACGCCCAGAGAGCCUGGGGUGGCAGGAGGCGAUGUCUGCUCAUCAGAGUCUUUCAAUGAAGAUAUAGCAGUUUUUGCGAAACAGAUCCGAGCAGAAAAACCGUUAUUUUCAUCGAAUCCAGAGCUGGAUAAUCUGAUGAUACAAGCCAUCCAAGUUUUACGAUUUCAUCUUUUGGAGCUCGAGAAGGUACAUGAACUCUGUGACAAUUUCUGUCACCGGUACAUCAGCUGCUUGAAGGGCAAGAUGCCCAUCGACUUGGUUAUAGACGACAGAGAAGGAGGAUCAAAAUCAGACAGCGAAGAAAUCACAAGAUCAUCGGGGCCCCUUGAUCAGACCUCGUGGAACAGAGACCAUGACGACACGGCGUCCACGCGUUCUGGGGGCACACCAGGACCCUCCAGCGGAGGACACACAUCACACAGCGGCGACAACAGCAGCGAACAAGGUAAGGACCUCCAGCAGUGGAGGCGCCCAAAUGCAGAUGCAUUUGAGCACACGGAGUGA